AUUUCUUUAAAAAAAUUCCUACAAUUCAUAUUUUCAACCUUUUUUAACCUGUUAGCUAUUGAACUACUCUCCAAUUCAUUUCCUCAUCAUUGUAAAAUCGUUCAUCAAACCUCACCCAAAAAAUCAAACAAUCCAAACCCCACCACAUUCUAAUCCAUAAACACAUUAACAUAAAAUUGACCAUAAAUUUGCAUAAUCCAACAUUUUGUCAUCUUGUGUGACACCUGUCAACAAACCCAACAUUUUAGUUAACAAACUCAAAUUCACUAAUGUUGAAAAAACUCAGACGUAAAUUCAGCACAACAUUCAUAAAAACCUUCAAAAAACCCUCAAAAUCAAAACCCUAUUUAAUCUAUGAAACUGAAACUCAAUCAACACCAAAAUUAAUACCACAAUUGCAAUCACCAUCUUCAACAAUGAAUCAUCAAACCAAAAAGAUCAAACCUUUUCUAUUCCCACAUGCUAAUUCAACUGUUCUCCCUAACCCCUCCAAUUUCUUUUCCCCAAAUUUGCUAUCCACACCCCUCCCCACAAACUCAUUCUUCCAAAACUUUGUUCUAAAAAAUGGUGACCAACCUGAAUACAUUCACCCUUACCUCAUCAAAUCAUCAAACUCAUCACUUUCUCUUUCAUACCCAUCUCGUUUUUUAAACUCUUCUUUCACAUACCAAGUUUUCAACCCUGAUCUAACCAUUUCAACAUCUGAAAAAAUCGAACCUUUUUCCAAUUUGAAUCACAAAAUCACUUCUUUCAAUGAUCUCAGUGUUACAUUGGAUAUUCCUUCAUCAAAUUUGAGGUUUUUUCUUGUUAAAGGAAGUCCCUUUUUGACUUUUUCUGUCACACAAUCAACACCUCUUUCCAUCACAACAAUCCAUGCAAUUCUCUCUUUUUCUUCCAAUGAUUCUCUUACAAAGCAUACCUUUCAGUUUAACAAUGGUCAAAUUUGGAUUUUGUAUGCUUCUUCACCUAUCAAUUUGUAUUGUACUGUUUCUGAGAUUGUUUCUGAUGCAUUCUGUGGUGUGAUUCGGAUUGCUUUGUUGCCUGAUUCUGAUUUGAAGCAUGAGAAUGUUCUUGACAGGUUCAGUUCUUGUUACCCUUUGUGUGGUGAUGCUGUUUUUACAACACCAUUUUGUGUUGAGUAUAAGUUUGAGAAGAAAGGUUCUGGUGAUUUGUUGUUGUUGGCACACCCUCUUCAUGUUAAGCUUUUGUCUAAUAGUGAAAACGAUGUUACUUUUUUGAAUGAUUUUAAGUAUAAAAGCAUUGAUGGUGAUCUUGUUGGUGUUGUUGGUGAUUCAUGGAUUUUGAAAACUGAUCCUGUUUCUGUAACUUGGCAUUCAAGCAAGGGUGUGAAAGAAGAAUCGCGCGACGAAAUUGUUUCGGCUCUUUUGAAAGAUGUUGAGGGUUUGAAUUCAUCUGCAAUAACAACAACAAGUUCUUACUUUUAUGGUAAGUUGAUUGCAAGGGCUGCAAGGUUGGCAUUGAUAGCCGAAGAGGUUUGUUUCGUCGAUGUGAUUCCAAAAGUUAGAAAGUAUUUGAAGGAAACGAUUGAGCCUUGGUUGAAUGGAACUUUUAAUGGAAAUGGAUUUCUCUAUGAUGGAAAAUGGGGAGGUAUUAUAACCAAACAAGGUUCUAAUGAUACUGGUGCCGAUUUUGGAUUUGGAAUUUAUAAUGAUCAUCAUUAUCAUUUAGGAUACUUUCUAUAUGGAAUUGCAGUGCUUGCUAAGAUUGAUCCAAUUUGGGGUAGGAAGUAUAAGCCUCAAGCCUAUUCAUUGAUGGCAGAUUUUAUGACCUUGAGUAGGAACUCGAACUCGAAUUACACGCGUCUUCGGUGUUUCGAUCUUUUUAAAUUGCAUUCAUGGGCUGGAGGGCUAACCGAAUUCGGAGAUGGAAGAAAUCAAGAGAGUACUAGUGAAGCUGUGAACGCAUAUUAUUCAGCAGCAUUGAUGGGUUUGGCUUAUGGUGACACUCAUCUUGUUGCAGUUGGAUCAACACUUACAUCAUUGGAAACUCGUGCAGCUCACAUGUGGUGGCAUGUAAAAGGUGGUGAUAAUGUUUAUGAUGAAGAAUUUGCAAAAGAGAACAAAGUGGUUGGUGUUCUAUGGUCUAAUAAGAGAGAUAGUGGAUUAUGGUUUGCACCUUCUGCUUGGAGAGAGUGUAGGUUAGGGAUUCAGCUUUUACCAUUGGUUCCAAUUUCUGAAGUUUUGUUUUCUGAUUUUGGUUAUGUGAAGGAACUUGUGGAGUGGACUUUGCCUGCUUUGGAUAGGGAAGGUGUUGGAGAAGGAUGGAAAGGUUUUGUAUAUGCUUUGCAAGGAAUUUAUGAUAAUGAAAGUGGAUUGAAGAAUAUAAGAAGGUUAAAUGGUUUUGAUGAUGGAAACUCAUUGACUAAUCUUUUAUGGUGGAUCCAUAGUAGAGGUAAUGAAGAGGAGAAGUUUGGUCAUGGAAAAUAUUGCUGGUUUGAUCAUUACUGUCAUUAAGUAUAUGUGGAUGAUUUCUAAGUAUCUUAGAGGAAAUACCUUAUAAUAAAAGUUCCUGCAUUUAUUUCUGUAGUUAACUGAUGUGUCUCUUAUAAUUUGUUUGUAAAUAAAGUGUGUUGUGUUGGCUUAUGAAUUCAAUUCAUUCUGUUUCUUUA